AUGGAAAAACUCUGUUCGGUGAAAAGUUGUCCAAGUGGGCGAAAAUUAAAAAGUAAAGGAAUUGAUACGUCUCAACCUCUAUCUUUUUUUCGACCAACAACACCGGCAAAAUUAAAAAAAUGGAAUAUGGCUUUGGGCACUAGAAUGAAAACAACUGAUUAUAUUUAUCACCUACAUUUUAAAAAGGAGGAUAUAAAAAUGUACGAAACGUUCAAUAUUAAAGGAGAGAUUACGAUUCUUCCUACAGGCAAAAAAACGCUACGAGAAGAAGCUCUACCAACAAUUGAGCAUCAGUUGAUCUCUGUACCAGCACAUGAACUCCAAGCAAGUGUCGUCAAUAUAUCACAAAACGUGCAUUCUAAUCAAAAUCAAUCAGAAAACAAACGGAAUCACCUAACACAAGAGCAUCAAGAUCAACAUGAGCAACAAGAAUUGUUACUUGAUCAGGGAGUUCCUGAUAAUUUAAUUCAUGUCAUUCAAUAA